AUGAGCAAAAUCUCUCCAACUAUGACUGUUGACCAUGUGGAAUGGGCCUCACGCAUGGUGCUGGGCGGACGUUUGCCGCAGCUAGAAGGCACUCCUGCGUUUCCUGCUGUGUUUUCAGCCGACGGGAAGCACCAGAUUGUGGUUUUUACUCACCAAAUCAGAGUGUAUUUUUUGGCUACUCGUCAGUGUGUUCGUUGUAUUGACAUCAAUAUUGGCCUGAUUGUGGAUAUGUGUUUGGAUCCGGGCUCGGCGUCGCAGAUAUUGCUAUUCAGUGGCCUGGGCGGUGUUUUUUCUGUCAAUUGGAAGGAAAAAGUUGCCAGUCCGGUGACGGAGGUUUUCGUGAUGAGUCCUCCACAAGGGUAUGUUUUGGCUUCUGCAAGCUGUUAUGGCGACAGGUUUGUUGGAGUGUUCCAGAGCACCAAGAAAAAGGGCCCCAGCACUGCGUUGGUGCAGACUUUUCUGAAAGAAAAUGAAGGAGAAACUAAGGUGGUAGUUGACGAUGUCACCCCGGUAUUUUCGUGGUCGUUUGACAAGUCCCAGGUUGUGUUUGUGACCACGAGCCACGAGGUCGUUCGUGUGUCGGUUUCUGGCGACUCAGAGAUGUCUGUUGAGCGAAAUUCGUUCGUCUACAAAUCGCCGGUGACGUCAGUAGCCGUGUCCAACGACGGUGUGGUGGCUCUUGGAACUGGUGCCGGACCCAUACAACUCAUCUAUGUUGGUGGAAGUGACCAGCGGCUUCUCAAAUGGCACAUAGACCUGGUCAAAACCGUAGCAUUUUCCCCAGAUAACAAGUAUCUUCUUUCCGGAGGACUUGAAAAAGUGUUGGUUCUUUGGCAUUUGGACAGCGACAACCACCAAUUUCUCCCCCGACUCAACGGCACCAUCGACAAGAUCCACAUAGAUGUCCACAAAACAGACUGUUACUCCAUGUUGCUUGGUUGUAGCGACGGAAUCCACCACGAAAUGCUCACGAUUCUGGCAGUGGACCUCGUUUCUCGUCUCACCGUCAACUCGGCACGACCCAGACUCGUUCCUGGUGUUGCCCACUCGCUUCGUCGUGCUUAUAAGAAGCUCGGAAAUCACGAUAACCUCUACCAAGUGCCUAUUCGUCAGGAUUACUCGCUGCCUGCCGCAGUUCAUCCCACCACCAACCAGGUCUAUUUCCCCUCGGGAGCCUCCAUUCAAAUCUACGACUGGGUCCGCCAGGAACAGCAGUCGCUACUCAACGCAGCAGCUGUUUUACCCACUGGUAAAGUUCGUUCAGAAACAAAACUCGUCGACCCUAAAAUUUCGCUCGUGGAUUUCUCCAACGAUGGUUCAUGGAUGGUCACUGUGGACACCGUCACACCCUCCCCAGUGGACAACCUCUUAUCCAAGAGCGACGAGUACCAUGCCCUCAAGUUCUGGAAGAACGUAGACUCCAAAAAUGACGGUUCCAAAUGGGAAUUGGCAUGUAAAAUCAUCGACCCUCACGGCCACGGAAACAAGAUUUUCACCAUCAAACCGGCACCUCUACUGAAAAACGAGCUUGCUUUCGUCUCUGCCGACGAUAAAGGUGGUGUAAGAAUAUGGCGAGUCGUGAAAAACUUGUCCAAUUCCAACCAGCAAACGGCAUGGACUCUUCACAAAAGUAGCCCAGGCGGCAUAGCGUCUUCGAGUGCGGUGGACGUCUGUUGGUCCCAAGAUUCGUCGGUGGUGUUUUUGGCACACGAGACCUCGGUAACGGUGCUCGAUGGCUACAAAUUGACCACUUUAAACCAUAUUUCGGGCAUCGCCGACUCGCCCAUAAGAGCCAUAAACGUUCUUGAAAACCAUCUUUUGGUGGUUUCGCAAACCAGAAUCGCUUCCUACGACUUGAUUCGUGGUGCCUUUUCCUUCAUAAUAAGAGCUAACUUUCCUGAAGGUGCUCGCAAUCUUGUCGCCAUAGAUUAUGAUUCUCGUCUUAUUUGCGUGGCUGCAAAUUACUAUGAAAAAUCCACCAAUACCCUCGCAAUCAAGUCCAAAUUGCUAGUGUUCAACCACAAUAAUUUGGAGCCAGUUUUCACGAAAAAUCACAACCAGGGCAUCACUUCUGUGCUCUGUGUUUCUGGAUCCUUUUUGUUCGUGGACCUCGAUGCUCGAGUGGGAAUGCUCACAUCGUCUCUGACCGAGUACCUGGAACUCAACGAAGAUAUCAAGCCAGAUGUGAACCAAAUUAUGAUCAAAGCCGAAGAAAGAGCACAGCAAGAAAUCGCCCAUAACAACGACCGAAAAACUUUUGAUAUGAAUACGUUUGCCUCGGCUUUCGAAAACGCCCACUCUCUCACUCUCGACAGUUUGUUUGACCGGGUAGUGUCGAUCACGGGAAGAUAA